AAACUUCCUGGUUUAAUCAAGGAGGAUGGCAAUUUAGAUGAGGCAAAAUUGGAUGAAAUUAAAACUCAAUCUGACAAAGCUAAGGAGUUAGAAAAAUUAGGUAUUAAGAGUGUGGAAGAAGCAAAAAAACUUCAAGAAAACAACAAAAAAAUGAGUGAAUUAAUUAAAAAACAUUUAGGCACACAAUAUUAUACCGCUCAAAUCGAAGUAACACCAGGAGAAUUAAAGGAUGAGGAAAUUUUAGAAGGAGAAUUAAAGAUAAACAACUUCCCUAACUUAAAAAUAAUUAACCUCGAAGGAAAAGAAAAUAAAGGCUCUCUAGACAAAAUAAAUAUUAGCGAAUGUCCUAACUUAGAGGAAAUUGAUUUAAGUUCUUUAACCGGAAGAAAAGGAGCAUCGGCAUUGAUAAAGGCAAGGCUUUCUAAAUCUUCUAAGCCUUCUCAUUUUUCUUCAAUUGCUUCAUCAUUUAUAGUGCCUUUGCUGAAAGUUAUGA